AUGGUCCGUAUCGGAACCUUGGAAACCGGGCCGAAAUUGCGGGGUUUCCUCAUGUCCGCAGAAUCAUCCAAAUGUUGCGUCGCAUGUGGUUGGACGCUCGAGCAGCAAGAAAAUUGCGCUUAUUCGAGCCACCUUAAACUCUUUUAUGGCGCCGGCAAGCGGGGAACAUGGUCGAUUGGGUCUGAUGUUAUUUUGAAAGAACGCCCCGAUGAAGGUCCAAAAACCGAAGUGACCACCUUGAAGCACCUUGCAGCCUACCCCGAUAUCCCGGUUCCAAAGAUAUUGCGUGACUGGGUCGACGGCAACGGGCAGUACUUUGUACUUCUAGAGCGGAUCGAAGGUCAAACGCUCGAACAGGCCUGGUCUUCGUUAUCAGAUACCCAGAAAAUAGCCAUCGCAGAUGAAUUUAUUGGAAUUCGAAAGCAGUUACGAUUCCUCAAUGAGCCGCAUGGACCUUUCCACUCUGACAUCGAGCUUUGGGAUGCCCCAAGUCUUACUCUAUACGAUCCACCUACAAGGUCGUUCCCUCAACGAGCCCUAGUAAAUCUGAAGGAACGGCUGCCUAAAUGUGAACCCUACGUCCUCACCCAUUGUGAUCUCAAUUUGGGCAAUAUUAUGGUGAAAGACGGAAGGCUGGCUGGGAUACUCGAUUGGGAAUUUGCUGCAUAUUACCCAAUUUGGUAUGAGUACGUUUCAGCCUCUUGGGGGUGGACAGAGGAGGAUGCCCAGUGGAAAAAGCUUUUACGAGAGCGUAUGGCUGUACAUGGCGAUGGACAUGAGGAUGCGAAGGAAUUCUGGACGGAUUUGCAUCAUUUGAGAAAAUACCCAGAUUUGGACGAAAAAAGGCCAAGAAGUUUUAGAAAGGUUGUCUUCGGAUUAACGACAAUGUAUAGGAAAACGAAGGUCCGGGGGGAUUAA